CCAAUCUCUUUCUUGUCCUACACAUCCUUUCUUAAACUCUCUCAUCCAACCUCGAACUCGAGUUCUCAGAUACAUAACAACUUCCUCAUCGCACCAACCGCAACAGACCUCACUUCAAGAGGUUAACCUUUUCCGCCGGUACUACGACGAAGAUGACCCCUAUCAGUGCCUUCUCUCGAGUUGCGCUGCGCAGCGGUGGGAUGAUGCACCACCGCUUGACGGUGGCGCAGAGCGCGGUGUCGAGGAGCGGGGUGGUGGAGAUUUCCAGGGCGACUAGUACGAGCAGGGUCCAUGCGUAUUCUACUUCUUCAAGCACGAUGCACGAUAAUGAUCCAGAGGUCCUGGAACGCGAGAAACAACGCAACCUCUCUGGUGCGAUGGGCAAGACCGCCGAGAUGUUCGACUUUGCGCCUGGCUGGAACGAGACGCUCGCCAGCGCCUCCGAAGCACACAUCAAGGCCGACAAAUCAUCCGGCAACCCCAUCGAUCUCCAACGCCGCACGGUCGAAUUCCUCCGCGUAAACAACGACCCAGAAAACCCUCAAGGCCACGACGACGGUUUAAAUUCUAACCAGAAUGAAUAUAAUGUUGAUGGGAAGCGAGUUAGUGGUAGGAGGACGGAAAAGAUUGAGAAGGAGAUUGAGAGGGAGAUUAGGGAUGCGAGUCAUAUGACGGCUAGUGAACAAGAUGUUAAGGCUGAUCGAGGAGAAUUCAAGUAAGGGUGUUCUUUGGUGGGCAAGUUCGGUUGGGAGAUGAGGAUGGAUAGUGUGCUGGAGAAAGGGUGGCGGUUCGGCUUCAAGUUGGUUAAGAAAGAGAGCUUGUUGGUCGUGCGGUCGUGCGGUGUGCGGUGGAGCAGUCAAGUAUCACUUGCACGUUUGAUUUUGAACCAUCAUGUAUUUUAUUCGUUCAUUCAAUUCGUUUCUUCAUCAAAGCCAAUUCAAUCAAUCCUAUAUAUAUUUGUAUAUUCGUAUCCUUUCGUUUCAAUCGCAUAUCUCAAUCUACCCAA